CGUGCGAUUCGUGUUCUCAAUCCACAAUCCUUUACUUCCACUGCACAAUGAUUGGCUAUAUCGAUUAUUUUAUUAUAUAUAAAAAGAAAACGAAAAAGGGAGUCCUCCCUUCCCUUAUCGUGUGCCACGAGGCACGAGCUCCAAAUCCAGUUAAAGAAGGAAGCACUGUGGUUGCAGCUUCUCCAACCUCAGAAAAGUAGAAAGCCUGCUCAAGGAUGUAGCGUCUGGAGACUUGGUCUCGAAUAAAUACUCGCUAAAUCACAGAUAUCAGAUGUGACUUUUGCCUUCUUCCUAAUUACUGUUCUGGACCUGGAUUAUCUUCUCUGCAGGCUGCAGCCUGUGUUUUCUACACACUUGUCGAAGAUGACCGGGUGCUUCAACUUGACAGAAUCCAAAAACUGGUGCUAUAGAUCCACCUUCGGAAGGUCGGGGCUCCGAUCAUCUACCACUGACCUGAAAGACGGGACUAUCAUGCAUUGCUGGGUGCCUAAGACCCGAGUUGAGUCUAAACCAAAUCUGCUCCUGAUCCACGGGCUUGGAGCCAACGCAUUGUGGCAAUGGGGCGACAUCAUCCGCCAUUUAACCCCCUUCUUCAACGUGUACGUGCCGGACCUUCUCUUCUUCGGUGGUUCCUACACGACGCGCCCCGAGCGGAGCGAUUCGUUCCAAGCUCAGUGCUUGAUGCGACUCAUGGAGGCUAACUCCGUGCAGAGGCUGAGUCUGGUGGGGUUGAGCUACGGCGGGUUCGUGGGAUACAGCAUGGCUGUUCAGCAUAAGGAAAUGGUGGAGAGGGUGGUGCUGUGCUGCUCCGGUGUGAGCAUGGAAGAAAAGGACCUGAAGGAAGGGCUUUUCCCGGUGGCCUUGGAAGAAGCUGUCAACAUUUUGGUGCCGCAGACGCCGGACAGGCUAAAAGAGCUUCUCGGAUUCACGCUCUCCAAACCCGCUAUGGUGGCUUGGUUGCCUUCUUGUCUCCUUAUUGAUUUCAUUGAUGCAAUGUGCAGGGAUCAUGUUGAAGAGAGGAGGGAAUUGAUCAUAGCAAUCGCGAAGGGCCGAAAGCUUUCUGAUCUCCCACGGAUUUCUCAGCCUGCGUUACUGGUGUGGGGAGAACGUGAUCAAAUCUUCCCAUUGGAACUGGCUCACAGAUUGAAAAAGCAUUUGGGGGACAACGCUGAACUAGUAGUCAUAAAAAACACAGGACACGCCCUCAAUGUGGAGAAGGUCAAGGACUUCUACAGUGUCCUCAAGUCUUUCCUCAUCGAGUUGAAGCCUCCUGCCUUUGCAGGCUCCCCAUAUCCCACAUCUCGCAACAAAUCGUGAGUUUCAACACCAAAAUGGAUACUUAAGACAGACAUUUCCAAUCUUUUCUGCUGCUAAACCAUUGUAAUACUUCUCUGGUCAUUGUAUAGGAAUUCACUGGUUUCAUUUUGGAUUCGUUGUGACUUGUGAGGAGUAAAAAUUAAAGACAACCCCCCCCCGGCCAAAAAAAAGUGCUAUAUUUACUUCUGCUACUCUCA